AUGGCGGCUGUCGCCGAAUUAAAGGCUGUUUUAAAGGACACUUUGGAAAAACGAGGUGUGUUAGGACAUUUAAAAGCAAGAAUCCGCGCUGAAGUUUUCAAUGCCUUAGAUGAUGACCGUGAGCCUCGACCACCACUGUCUCACGAAAACCUUCUAAUUAAUGAAUUAAUUCGCGAGUAUUUAGAAUUCAACAAAUACAAAUAUACAUCCUCAGUCCUCGUAGCAGAAUCUGGUCAGCCUGCAGUUCCAUUAGACAGACAGUUUCUCAUCCGUGAACUGAACGCCUUUGAAGAAUCAAAAGAUAAUACAAUACCUCUCUUAUACGGAAUCCUAGCUCAUUUCUUACAUGGGCCUAAGGAUGGGGUCCAGAAUGCACUUCUGAAAGGGUCUUCACUUCCUGGUUCGAGCUCAAAUUUUGGAAGAAAACCUAGUACAAGAAAAAUAGACGCUUAUCCAGCUCGAAAUGGAAAACACGGAAAUGGAAUUCUCUACUACUUGAAAAUAAGCCUAAGGCCCUGGGCAAAGGCGCGGAGCGGGCCUGCAGGGGGCGCUGUGGCGCAGCACCCGCCCGGUCCGCCCCCGCCGGGCCUCCCCUUUCCCACCCGCGGGCAGCUCCCCGGCUAUAUAGAGAGGCGUCCCCGCCAGCCCCGAGAAUCGGACGCCCCAGCCUGGGAGGUGCGCCGGCUCUGA